CUGUGAGAUUCACUUCGUUGUUUGAUGGGAUAAGCGGGCUCACUCAGAUUAUAAAAAAAUCUGAGUCAACUGAUUGCUAGACAGUCCAUGUCAAGUUGUCAACCCCGGCCCUUAUGGAAUCAAUCAUGGAAGAACCUACGUCGGCAUAUGUUCCCGAGCUGAGUUCAGCUCUCUGCAAGACUGCAAGUGUGCUACAUCUAUAUAAACAUACAUAGAUUGAUCUAUCUAAGCUAGACUGCUGCAGACGGAGUAGCCACGCCUGCCAGCAUCACUUGUCUCUGCCGGCCAGUAGUAGGGAGCUAGGGGGAGAAGCAUGGAAAUGAAAAUAAAAAUGGAUAAGACGGUGCUCAUCGUGUCCGCGGUGGUCGGGUCUCUAGGGUUGUUGAGUGCCAUCUUGGGAUUCGCGGCAGAGGGGUCAUACCUGAUCCCUUCGCCCGGGCUGGGGGUCUGCGCCGCCAUCUUCCUGCUGGCGGCCCAGAUCACCGUCUCGGUGGCCGUCGGCUACUACAGGUCCCGCGCCAUUCCUUCCGAGACCAAGCGGGUCGUCGGCAUCGUCUGCGCCGUCGUCUCGUGGGUAGUGGCGGUGAUCGCGUUCGCGCUGCUCUUGAGAGGCGCGACGAUGAACGCCCUCGGCUACAUCCAGGACGGUCUCUUCGCCGGCGCGGCCGUGCUCACCCUGGCCGCCACGGCGCUCGGCAUCACCUCCUUCAUCAUGCUGCGGAGGCAGCCAGAGGACGCUGCGCCGGCGGCCAACAAGCCAAGUGAGCAGCAGCAGGCCGAAGGGAUCCCAGCAGGCCACCCACCCACAGUACAACCUGAAAAACACGAGCAAUCUCCGUCCCCCUUUUCUGACAAAGGAGAUGUUGGAGCUGCACAUCGUGGGGAUGCUGUCUAAUCUGAUGCGCCCCACUUCGUUAUGCUGUCGUCAACUUACUGCUAUUUCUUCAGUGUUGAACCCCUUAUCACUUCACGCCCUCCGUUGUCUUCAGUUUUCAUUUGAUUCAUCCUGUCAUCCUGUG